AAGCCACACCCUCUGUUAGCAACUUGUGGCUAGCCCGGCUACCAACGAAGCCCCACCGAGCUUCAUUCGCCAGCCACCACCCCGAGCCCAACACUGUCUACGCGUACAUAACCCGGUCAGUGAAGUCCAGAUGCAUGAGUCUGGGUCAGAACCAACGAGCCACGUCAUUCCAGCUGUUAGGACACAGAACGGGAAAAAUGCUGACAAUGACAGUCGACUGAGGAGUGGACAUACUCCUCCCCCAGAGUCACCUAGGGUCCCAGCAUCAUCAUCCAUGAUGACUCCACCAGCCGAGGCUCCUCAGCAGCUGCAGCAGACGCCACAGCAGCAGGUCCUCAGUCCUCAGCAGAUCCAAGCCCUGUUCCAGCAGCAGAAGGCACUCAUGUUACACCAGGUACUGUCCGGAUUAGGUCUUUUGUCUUUGCUGAGCAUAACGUUUCUGUUUGCUUUAACUCUUAUUUCUUCAACAUGUCUGCAGCAGCAAAUCCAAGAGGUUUUCAAGAACCAACAAGAACAGCUAAAUAUGCAGCUGCUCCAACAGAAGAAUGCUGGGAUAGUUAGCCAGGAGCUCACAGCCCAGCAGAUCGCCAUCCAGCAGCAGCUCCUUCAGGUGCAGCAGCAACAUCUGCUCAACCUGCAGAGGCAGGGCCUGCUCUCCGUGCUCCCCACCAGUGCUGCUGCCAGCUGUGAGAAUGACAGUAGUGCUUCCACGGGUGGGGACUCCAGAGAGUCGUCCAAUCACCAAUCUGCGACUAACGGCUAUCCCGCUCUCCUAAAGAGGAAGGAAAGUGGCUCUCUGGAGGAAAACACACAGAGUAGCCAUCCUCUCUACGGGAACGGCAUGUGCAAAUGGCCCGGCUGUGAGACAGUCUUUGGAGACUUUCAGGCAUUUCUCAAGCAUUUGAACAGUGAGCAUACACUUGACGACAAGAGCACCGCGCAGUGUCGUGUGCAGAUGCAAGUUGUUCAACAGCUGGAACUACAGCUAAAAAAGGACAAAGAGCGACUCCAAGCAAUGAUGGCUCACCUGAAGUCAUCUGAGCCCAAACCUGCAGCUCAGCCCGCGAAUCUGGUGCCUAAUGUGUCCUUCUCCCAGACCACGCUGCCCAAAGGACCCCCUAUGAGUGUGUCGCAGACCGCCACGGCGCCAUCCACACCCCUGACGCCACUUUCCGAGUCCCCCUCAGUCCUAACUCCGAAUGGCGUCUUCACCGGGACCCCUGUACGUAGGCGGUACAGUCGCUCCGUCAGCCAAGAUAUUGUCGAUAAUAAGGAGUUUUACCUGAGCGCAGAAGUAAGACCACCAUUUACGUAUGCGUCUCUCAUACGACAGGCAAUAUACGAAUCACCUCGCAAUCAGCUGACUUUAAAUGAAAUCUACAACUGGUUCACAAGAAACUUUGCCUAUUUCCGACGCAACGCAGCGACAUGGAAGAACGCUGUCAGACACAACCUGAGCCUCCAUAAGUGCUUUGUCCGCCUGGAGAAUGUGAAGGGAGCCGUGUGGACGGUGGACGAGAUUGAGUUCCACAGAAGACGGCCCCAGAAGGCUGCUGGUAAUGGAUCUCUCCUGAAAAACAGACAGGGUUUAACCGGAUCUGUGUCUCAGGUUGGAAGUCUAGACUGCAACUCCCUCUACCACCCCGGUGCCAUAGGCAGCAUUCCGUUACAUUCCCUGCCCCACGUCCUUCAAGAGCAGCUGAACGGCGCCCUCGCCAAUGGCUCCGGAUACCAAAGCGACAGCAGCGCGACACAGUCACCUCCGCAAGCUUACAUCAAAGAGGAACAGGAGGACGAAGAGAUUUGUGAAAAUUACCCCUAUGAAUCCGAGAGCACAGACGAGCACGGGCACAGCCCCGAGAUAAACCGCGACAGAGACAACGGCAGUCCAGAGAGGCUUCGUCUAGACCGCGUGCCCUCGCUUUGACCACAAGGCCCAAGAUCUUCUUCACAGCAAUGACACGACGUAUUCCAAAAAAAAAAAAAAGUCCAAAAGCAA